UCCAAAGAGUUUAAAAGACCGCUUUCGUUUCACUUUGGGCUACUUUCUUACUUCACUAGCUAUGAUCUCUCACUGUCCGCUUCUCCCUCUACCUCUCUCACACUUUCUUCUUCUUCUUCCAUUGUUUUUCACUUCAGUUGCUUCUCAAUGCAAGAAUCCACCAAUUAUCUUCAACUUUGGAGACUCCAACUCUGACACUGGAGGACUCGUUGCUGGACUUGGCUUCCCUGUCAAUCUCCCUAAUGGCCGUACAUUCUUUCAUAGAUCAACUGGUAGAUUAUCUGAUGGAAGGCUCCUGAUUGACUUCCUUUGUCAAAGCUUGAAUGCUAGCUUUCUAAGCCCAUACCUGGACUCACUGGGGGGGUCCGGGUUCACAAAUGGUGCCAACUUUGCAGUUGUCGGGUCUUCUACUCUCCCUAAAUAUGUACCCUUCUCGUUGAACAUUCAACUAAUGCAGUUCCUUCAUUUCAAAGCUCGCACUCUUGAACUUGUCACUGCUGGUUUUGGAAAUUUCAUCACCGAUGAAGGGCUCCGAAAUGCGCUUUACAUUAUUGACAUUGGUCAAAAUGACAUUGCUGAUUCAUUCUCCAAAAAACUGUCUUAUGCACAAGUAACCAAAAGGAUUCCCUCCGUCAUUUUAGAGAUUGGAAAUGCUGUGAAGGUUUUGUACAAUCAAGGAGGCAGAAAAUUUUGGAUACAUAACACUGGACCACUAGGCUGUCUCCCUCAAAAGCUUUCGCUAGUUCAGAAGAAGGAUCUAGAUCCAAUUGGAUGUAUUUCAGAUUACAACAGGGCAGCAGGAUUGUUCAAUGAAGGACUGCGUAGAUUAUGUGAAAGGAUGGGGUCUCAAUUGUCCGGAGCAACUAUAGUCUAUGUAGAUAUCUACUCAAUCAAAUACGAUCUCAUUGCCAACUCCUCCAAAUAUGGUUUUUCGAGUCCAUUGAUGGCAUGUUGCGGUUCUGGAGGACCUCCGUACAACUAUGAUAUAAGAGUAACAUGCAGUCAGCCUGGCUAUCAGGUCUGCGACGAAGGAUCCCGAUAUGUAAGUUGGGAUGGAAUCCAUUACACUGAAGCAGCUAAUUCGAUCAUAGCCUCCAAAGUGCUGUCAAUGGCUCACUCUUCACCGAGCAUUCCAUUUGAUUUCUUCUGCCGCAAUUGAACAGCAUCCAAGAAGGAUGGUAUCUCCAUAUAAGCUAUUUUCUCUGUAGUUUUAUUUCCUUGGACAAUAGCACCAAACAAAAGUAUGGUGCAGCCUGUGAUAGAGAAGAUUUCACUUUUGUCGAAAGAGGGUUGUAAUUGUAAACAUGCCACCAUGAAAAACUGGCUAUUGGCCUUCUAAUAAGGAAUCGGGAGGAUUAGCUUUGUUCUCUCAUAUAUUUCCUA